UCGAACACGUGAGUUGAAUGUCACGAUGGUGACAUACUUCUUUAACUAGCAUCGUAACAUUAAUGUAUGUAUCAGAUGUAUGUUCUUGUAUUUCAUGACAUCUUCUGUAUUACAGGUAGAAGAUGUCUACCCUGGUGGUUGUGCGCAUUGCCUAUCUGAUCAUGUCUACAGCUGCCAUUUGCAGUGAAGACCAACACUGCCGAGACUGUUACAACGACACUGGCAGUUGUCUGACCGAGUGUGACAGUGGUUAUUUCGACCUGAAAUGUAAGUCGCUUUGCAGCAGGAACUGUAAAAAUAAGAAAUGUAAAUCUGUGAGCGGUGGCACAGAAGUAUGCACAGAGGGUUGUGUCCCAGGGUAUCAGGGCGGUAGGUGCAACAUACCAUGUGACAGUCCAGGAGGUAACUGUACAGCAUGUCCAGGUGGUUGUGAUGGAGGAUACUGCCAGCUUAGUUCAACCUGUGUAUCAGGAUGCAGUGGUUCCUACUAUGGAUCUGACUGCAAACAAUGUUCAAGAAGAUGUAAGACAUGCAAUGGCUAUACAGGGAUGUGUGAGGAGUGUUUCCCACAAUAUUUUGGACCGAACUGCGAUUAUUUAUGUGAACACUGUAGGGACACGUGUCAAUUCGGAUGUCUGCGUGGCUGUAUACCUGGCUUUUAUGGUGCUGCCUGUGAGAAGGAAUGCAGUACAAACUGUGGAUCUAGCCCAAUGAUGUUAGACAAUAAAACUGCUGACACACGACCUGUAUAUAAUGACACAGUUAAAUGCAAUCAGUACAGUGGUGAUUGUCUGCAUGGAUGUGUCGAUGGCUUGUUUGGUCCACAGUGCUCCUCAGAGUGUAGUGUCAACUGCAGGAAUGGGACAUGCAACGAUGUAGGUGACUGUGUAGAUGGAUGUGUAGAUGGUCGGUUUGGUCCACGCUGCUCCUCACGAUGUAACCUUAAUUGUAGGAAUAGGAGAUGCAAUGAUACAGGCGACUGUGUAGAUGGUUGUUUAUCUCAUCAUUUUGGAAGAAACUGUAUACCAUGCCCUGACAACUGUAUCCACCACACAUGCCAUAAAAGCUAUGGAACUUGUGUUCAUGGAUGUACUAAUGGAUUCUAUGGACAAUCGUGUAACAACACGUGUGAAUUCUGUCUUGGUGGAGAGUGUGACCAAAUGUUAGGAAUGUGUUUCAAAGGCUGCAACGUGACCGGACAAAAAUGCCCAUCUGUCUGCAGAAACAACUGUACUGUGGACGAUUGCCAAUCAUGUCAAGAUGAAAGUGAGAUGAACACGUCAAUAGGACUACCAACUGGCCUUACAGCAGUGGUCAUUGUGAUUGUGAUUAUUGCAUGCAUGUCUGCUAUCAAACGUAGGAGAGCUAUAAGAGCACAACAAUCAUCAAUUGUUCAACACAACGAUGAAGGAGCUCAGGAUGAUAUAUAUUCUGUAGAAUACCAGGCCACACACAGAUAUUGGCAGAUCAGAGAUGAAGAUAUAGAAUGCCAGGCCAUAAACAGAUAUUGGCUGAUCAGAGAUGAAGAUAUAGACAUGGCCUGUGUUCCGCCAAUUGUGAACCAAGAGGAACGCGGACACGGACUUGCCAUGCCUGUUUUGGCGGAAUGUUUUCCUACAGCAGGUGGAGUAGCAGACAGGCUCAAUGAUGCAACCCAGAGUUCUGCCGGAGACAACCAGUCCUACAUUCCAAUGUCUCAGAAUGUCGCAGACAGUGGUGCAACCCAAAGUUCUGCCGCAGGUAACCAGUCCUGCACUGAUAUGUCACAAGAUGUUGCAGACGGUGGUGCAACCCGGAGUUCUGCCAGUGAGAACCAGUUCUACUUUCCAAUGUCACAAUAUGUUGCAGACGGUGGUGCAACACAGACAUCUGCCGGAGAUAACCAGUCCUACACUGACAUAUCACGGGAUCUUCCAGACAGCGAUCCUGAUACAUCCCAGAGUUCUGCCAGUGACACACAGUCCUACACCCACCUCCUGCGUGAUGUGUUAGAAGAGGACCCCAAGACAGUCGUGAGCUACAUAUCACCAGUGGUUGACUAA